GCUCUUCUCCUCCCGUUCGUCGCCGUGGUCGCCGUCACCUCUCUCACAACGCUCGAACUACGUACGACCAGGUUUUGCGCAUUUUUGCAAAAAAAUCUUUCAACAUAAAAUCGUGAAAACAUGGCUCCUCCAACUUACAAUGAAUUAGGAAAGAGUGCUCGUGAUAUAUUUGGCCAAGGUUAUCACUUUGGUCUCUUCAAGUUAGACGUCAAGACUAAAACAAAUUCGGAUGUGGAAUUUUGUUGCGGAGGUGUAUCUAAUCAGGAUACUGGAAAAGUAUUUGGUAAUUUGGAGACCAAAUAUAAGCUCAAAGAAUACGGAUUGACGUUUAGCGAGCAAUGGAAUACUGACAAUACUCUGGCAACUGACAUAUCCAUUGCCAACAAAUUGGUCAAUGGGCUUACUGUUGGUUACAGCUGUACAUUCUCUCCACAGACUGGAUCUAAGACUGGAAAAUUGAAGACAACUUACAAACAUGAAAAUGUGUCUGCUAAUGCCGACUUUGAUCUGAGCCUGUCUGCCGGGCCAUUAAUUAAUGCUGCAGCUGUUGUUGGUUACCAAGGAUGGCUGGCUGGCUAUCAGGCAUCUUUUGACUCGCAGAGGAACAAACUCACCAGAAAUAACUUUGCUCUUGGUUUUACAGCCUCCGAUUUUGCUCUUCACACUGCCGUGGAUAACGGCCGUGAGUUUAGCAGUUCUAUUUAUCAUAAAGUGAAACCAGGUUUAGAGGGAGCAAUUAAUUUGGCAUGGAAUUCAACUAAUAAUGUAACACAGUUCGGUAUUGGGGCUAAGUAUUGCCUUGAUAAUGAUGCCGCCAUCAGAGCCAAGGUAAAUUCGAAUCUUCAGGUAGGCUUGGGAUAUCAACAAAAAUUACGAGAUGGUGUAACUUUGACACUUUCUACAAACAUCGACGGUAAGAACUUCGGCUCCGGCGGCCACAAGUAUGGCGUGUCAUUAGACCUUCAGGCUUGAGUACGCAAAAUAAUGAUUACAUUACAAAAAAUAAGAGAACAGAAAAUUUAUCCAAUACAAAUAAAUAUUUCGUGACUCUUGUGUCAAAAAAAAAAAACAAAAAAAAAAAAAACGACGUGACAGUACAUGCUUCAAAUAAAAAAAGUAUUGCCUGUAAUAUGUAGAUAAGAGUUGAUCUUUAAGUAGAUGCCACCGAAUGUCGUGCAUCAUUUCAGAUUAGUCCGCGCGACAAAAAAAAAAGUUUAUGUCAUACAUUAUAAUUGUGACCAUAAAUUAGCAAUAUUUCUUGUUACAUAU